AUGGCUGGGAAUUACAGCCAGCGCGAUGAUUCGUCGUUGCAGUCCAUCGCGCCACCGCAAGAUCUCUCCCUAGGCUCGCUAGCGAACUUGUCCGGUCUAUCUACGCCCGCCAAGGGAAUGCGCAUACCCUCUUCGUCUACGGUACCAUCAUCUGCACCCCUGGCUACGCCUACGCCUCCGCGCGUCUCGUCGUAUAUUCGGAAAAAGUUGGAGGACGGCGCUACGCCUGUGGCGAAGAAAUUAGGCGUUUCGGGCACGGAUACGCAGGACGAUCAUGAGGACGAUGGAGAUAUUUUGAACUCGAUGCAGAGAGAUAGGAAGUUCAAUGAGGAGCUUGGGAGUGCGUCGGUCGAGAGGGGCAAGAGGUCUAGGACGAGCACUGCGAAUGGCAAGAGCAAUAACCUCACUUUGAGAGAUCAGGAGAAGCACAUCGACAACCUCAAGAAGGAGAACUUCAACAUCAAGCUCAAAGUCCACUUCCUCGAAGAACGCCUCUCCCAACUCGCACCCGACCAAAUCGAAGCCGCCCUCAAACAGAAUAUCCAACUCAAGAUCGAAGUCCAAGAGCGCGGCAUCGAGCUCAAGAAGAUGCGCAAGCUCGUGCUGGAGCUCGAGAAGGAGUUGCAGCAUCGUACGCAGCGCGAUCUCAGGGAGAGGGAGUUGGAGAAGUUGUUGGCGGAGAGGGAGAGGGAGGUUAGGGAGUUGAGGAGGAAGGGUGGAAGUUUGGGGCAGGGCCGUUCACAAGGCCAGGGUGCGGCGGAAGAGGCGUUGAGAGAGGUUGAGGAAAGGAAUGAGGAGCUGGAGGACGAGCUGGCGAAGGUGCAGAGGUUGUUGCAGGAGAACAACGAGGAGCUCGAGCGGCUGCAGGAUAUUGUCGCGCGACGGGAGCACGAUUCACUCUCGUCAUCUACGGGAACGGAUGGCGGGAACGGGCGUUUGCGGCGAAGGAUGGAGGAACUCGAGAUCGAGAACGAGGAACUUCGCGCGGCGUUGGACGAGCACGCCGCCGCAGCUGUCGAGCGCGACGAGGAGCGCGACGAGUUGUUGGACCAGAACGAUGCGUUGAGGCUUCAACUCGAGGAUUCGGAGCGCAGGAGGCAAGCCGAGUCGAUCGAGCGUAGCGAGAGCCGCGCUAUGAUCCUCGAGGAGCGUGAGGGGCGCGAAGAACUGGAGGCCGAGGUCAACAUGCUACGCGACAGGCUCACGUCAACCGAGAUUGAGCUGCAACAGAAGGAUGAUGAGUUGCAACAUCGGACGGUGGAGAUGGACUCGCUGUACGACGAGCACCAUACUAUCCUACAUGAUGUAGAAUCAGAGUGGAAGGGCGAGUUGGAAGAGGUCAGGGCGCAGAAUGAGGAGUUGCGUGAUCUUCUCGAGAAACGCGACGCCGAGGCGGAAGAGCUACGCAUGCAGAUUAACGAGCUUGAGGCCAACACUAAUGCUCUGCACGAGAAGUUCGAGGCAGCGUUCGAGCAUCUCGAAGCUGAAGGGCAGGAGAAGGAUGAGGAGAUUGCCGCAUCAAACCGCGAGAUCGAGCAACUCAGCUCGAGGAUCUAUGAGCUCGAGGAGGAUAACGAGAAGUUGGAGAGGCUGAAUCAUCAGGCGCGUGCGGACGAAGCUAUCGAGAGGGAACGUCUCGAGGCCCUUUCAGCAGCUUUGAAACAGAAAGUUGCGGAUCUUAAGGCUCAGUUACAGGACGUCACUGAACUCUACGAGAACUGUACUCGGGACAUCGUUGCGCACAGAGAACGGCAGGAGGAACUUGCCAGUCACGUCGAGAGCCUCGUUGCAGAGGUUCACAGGGAACGCGAGGCGCGUGAGCGUGCCGAAGCCGACUUCGACAAGGCCGAGCGUGAAUUCGACGCCGAUCUCCGACGCGAGCGUAGGACUCUCGAAGCGAAAGAGUCUGCAUUGCAGACCGCCCUCACGGAUCUCGCUCGUGCGCAAUCGCUGCUGUCGCAACGAGAGGAGGAUCUUGCGGCGUUGCAGAACUCCCUGCAGAGCGCGGAAUCGGAGUCGAAGCGCCUCGGCGAAAGCCAUACUACCGCUCGCUUCUCCCUUCAACUUGAGGUUGACCGUCUCAAACGCGAUUUGGAGCGUCUCGAGGACGAAGUUGCGCGCGCUCGCAAGGAUCGUGACGACCGGGAGACCAAGGCGCGCGAGCGCGACGCCGUGCUCGACAAGCUUCACGCCGAGAACCGCGACCUUGCCUCGCAACUCGCCGCACAGACACAGGCGCGCUUGAACAUGUCCGAGAAGCUCGACUCGACGCAAGAGAGCCUCUCGGCAGCCGAAGCCGAACUGGCGAAGUUCCGCUCGCGGGUCAGCGACUUGGAAUCGAAGCUGUCGAAGGACCAACGCUCGCUGCUUGCGGCCGAGAGCCAAUACCGCGACCAACUCACGGAGCGGAACACGCUUCUGCUCACUAUCUACCAAUACAUGGACAAGAUCCUCGGCGUGGACAAGACUCCGAAGAAGAGCGGGCAGGCGGAGACGAAGCCGUUCACGAACUUCGGCGUCUUCCACGAUAAUCUGAUCACCAGGCUCAAAGCGCUCAGUCAGAUCCAGCUUGAUUUCGACAAGCGGGUGAAGGAGGCGGAGACGAAGUAUACGGAUCGGUUGCAGGAGAUCAAGAAGCAGCUUGAUCACCGUUGGCGCCAGAUCGAUAAGUUCGAGGCGAGCGUUAAGACGUUCGCUGAGGCUAAAGCUUCGUGGAGAAGGAAGCUCGGUCUUAAGGAAGGCGAACUGGACACGGCGAAGGCUCAGCUCUCUGAUCUGACGUCGCAGCUGAACAUCUUACGCCGUCCUGGACCCGGCGACUCGAACGAGGUCAAGGCGCUCAUGGCACGCGCAAACAACGCGGAACGACGACUCACGAACGCUCAGAAUCAGCUCGCCGCAGCAGAAGAGAAGAUGGCGAACAUGAACCAGAAGACGACGGCUGCUGACUCUAAGUGGGAGGCCCGGGUCAAGGAAUACGAGACGAGGCUUCGCGCGGCUGAAGAGAAGGUGAAGCGGGAGAAACAAGGAUUCAAGGAACGCGUCGUGGAACUGGAGACCCAAAUCAAGUCUCUACAACGCCAGAAGGAGAUCGCGGACAAACGCGUCCACGUACUCGGUGACAUCGAGGCGAAGGUCCCGCGUAGCUCUGGGUCUCCUCGUCAGUGA